AUGGCGAGCCAAAGCUCCACUGUCGACGACCUCCAACCCUUCGGCAAGGCCAGAUCAACCAUCAAGGGAGAACCCCUCUCAGCCGAGGACAUCAAGAAGUACAAUGACUUCUUCAACGCCAGUCUCUACCUCUCGCUGGGGAUGAUCUAUCUGCAGGACAAUCCCCUGCUCAGAGAGCCCCUGAGUGUCGAGCACAUCAAGCUGCGCCAGCUCGGUCAUUUCGGCUCCGUGCCGGCCCAGAUCUUCACCUACAUGCACUUCAAUCGCUUGAUCAAGAAGUACGACCUGAACGCCAUCUUCGUCAGCGGGCCCGGGCAUGGUGCUCCUGCUGUCUUGAGCCAAGCUUACCUCGAGGGCACGUACUCUGAGGUCUACCCCAUGAAGUCGGAGGAUCCGAAAGGCAUGCAGCACUUCUUCAAACAGUUCAGUUUUCCAGGCGGCACCGCGUCCCACGCUUCCCCAGAGGUACCAGGCAGCCUGCACGAGGGCGGAGAGCUCGGCUACUCGAUCUCUCACGCAUUCGGUACCGUGUUCGACAACCCAGACCUCAUCACGGUCACCAUGGUCGGAGAUGGCGAGGCGGAGACCGGACCCCUGGCUACAUCGUGGCACAGCAACAAGUUCCUGAACCCCAUCACCGACGGUGCCGUGCUCCCCGUGAUCAACGCCAACGGGUUCAAGAUUGCGAACCCCACGAUAUUGUCACGCAUCCCGCACCAGGAACUCGAGUAUCUGAUGCUUGGUUAUGGCUGGCAGCCAUAUUUCGUCGAGGGAAGCGAUCCGGACACCAUGCACCAGGCAAUGGCCGCCACGCUGGAGCACUGCGUCCAGGAGAUCAGAGGAUUCCAGAAGCAGGCCCGCGAGUCCGGAAAGGCCUUCCGCCCGCGCUGGCCGAUGAUCGUGCUGCGGACACCCAAGGGCUGGACGGCACCUCGCAAGGUCGACGGGCACUACCUGGAGGGCUUCUGGCGGGCACACCAGGUCCCCAUCACGACCGUCCGCCAGAAGCCCGAGGACCUGAAGAUCCUUGAGAACUGGAUGCGCAGCUACGAGCCGGAGCGUCUGCUCGGCAGCGACGGCAAGAUUCUUCCCGAGCUCCGGGAGCUCUGCCCGACCGGCAACCGGCGCAUGAGCGCGAACCCGGUCACCAACGGCGGGCUGCUCCGGAAGCCGCUGGAGAUGCCCAACUUUAGAGACUACGCGAUCCCCGUCGAGCAGGGCGGCGCGGUUCACGCGGGCGGCAUGGUCAACUUUGCCGGGUUCCUCCGCGACGUCGUGAAGGCGAACCGUCACAACUUCCGCAUCUUCGGGCCCGACGAGACGGCAUCGAACAAGCUCGACACCGUGUACGAGGUUACAAACAAAGUCUGGCUGGGCGAGUACUUCGAAGAGGAUGCGGACGGCGGACAUCUCGCUCACUCGGGCCAGGUGAUGGAGAUGCUGUCUGAGCACCAGUGCGAGGGCUGGCUCGAGGGGUACCUCCUCAGUGGUCGCCAUGGCCUAAUCAACAGCUACGAGGCUUUCUUGCAUAUCAUUGACUCCAUGGUCAACCAGCAUGCAAAAUGGUUGGAAAAGACUCUCGAGAUCGAGUGGCGUGUCAAAAUUGCGUCUCUUAACAUCAUGGCAUCGUCGCCGUGCUGGCGUCAAGAUCAUAAUGGGUUCACGCAUCAGGACCCGGGCUUCCUCGACGUUGUGGCGAACAAGAGCCCCGGGAUCGUCCGGAUCUACCUCCCGCCCGACGGAAACUGUCUUCUAUCAGUCAUGGACCACUGCCUCCGCUCCGAGAACUACGUCAACGUCGUCGUGGCAGACAAGAAGGACAACCUGCAGUACCUGAACAUGGAAGAGGCUGUGAUGCACUGCACCAAGGGGAUCGGCAUCUGGCCUCAGUAUAGCUCGGAUGCCGGGGAGGAGCCCGACGUGGUCAUGGCCAGCUGCGGCGACAUAUCCACCUUUGAGUCUCUGGCCGCAAUCGACCUGCUCCUGAAGCAACUCCCGGAGCUCAAGAUCCGCUGCGUCAACGUGGUGGACCUGUUCAAGCUCAUCAGCCAUGACGACCACCCGCACGGUCUGACGGACGCCGAGUUUGACUCCAUCUUUACGGCCGACAAGCCUGUGAUCUUCAACUUCCAUGCCUACCCGUACAUGGUGCACAAGUUCACCUACAAGAGAAACGGAAGCAGGAAUAUCCACGUCAAGGGCUACAGAGAAAAGGGCAACAUCGACACCCCCUUCGAGCUGGCCAUCCGGAACAACACGGACCGCUUCAGCCUCGCCAUCAGCGCCAUCGACCACGUCAAGGGCUUCGGCAACCGCGGGUCGAGCGCCCGCGAGCAGCUCAAGAACCAGCGCAUCGAGGCGCUCCACCAGGCCCACGAGACGGGCGCCGACCCGGAGUACGUCACGCAGUGGAAGUGGCCGCACGGCAAGGAGGGCGGGCUGCAGCAGGCGCUAGGCAAGCUGAGCUUGGCAAAGUAA